UGGGUUUCCAAAGCGUCAGAAUUUUAUGGAGCUUCUUUAUGGAUGUCCUAUUCUUGAAGAUUUGCAAGUGAAGCUUAUAUCCUUUGAUCCCUCUGAUCCCUCUUCAUUUGAGGGCAUGGUUAAAACUUUACCAAAGUUGGCCCGGGCACAUGUUUCUUCCUUCACUUAUGAUGAUAUUCCUUUGGAAGCAUUUUGUAAUGUAGAGUUUCUGCGCCUCGACAAGUACUGCGAUGUAAACGUAAACAAUCUUGUGUUUCCCAAUUUAAUUCAUAUGGAGCUCAUCUUGGGACGCAAAUUUAAAUGGAGCUCGGUGCUUGAUUUGCUCAGUCAUUGCCCUCAACUUCAAACUUUUGUCCUUGAAAACCUACAUGGUCGUGACAGGGGUUGGCCAGACUCACUCGCUGUUCCUGAAUGCUUUGUGUCACGGCUCUGGAAGUGUGUUUUUAAAAAUUUUACUGGCCUGAAAGGUGAGAUGAAAUUUGCAAAGAUUGUUAUGCGUAAUUCGACAUCCUUACGUACCAUGACAAUUUGCAGUGGACCUAGCUUAUUUCAUCAUCAGAAGCUUGAAAUGAUAACUGAAUUAGCCUCAUGCCCAAGAAGCUCGGUAACUUGUGAACUUUUAUUUAAGUAAUUGAUAUGCUUGUUAGUAGUUAAAAACCAUUCCUUGAUAAAUGCAUUUGUAAUUCGUUCUGAAUAUUAUGUUCUGCUGAUUUUGGUGCUUUUGAAGACAAACAAACUAUGUGUCCUUGUAGUUGUUGGUACCUCCUUGGGUAUUUCUUAUCUAUUGCUGUAACUUUUGAAUAUGUAACAGAAACUAAAAUAGGAAUGUAUUUUUAAAUUAGUUAUGCUGAUGUUUAUCCUUGUGUGUCUUAGCCCCUUUAAUUGGGUGCUGGCUUUGAUGUCUUAUUAAAAAAGUUGAACACUCGUGCUGAGUUUUUUUUACUCAUUAUAACCUGUGGAAGCAGCCAAACAGAGAAGGUAUUCUCGGGUCUAAAUAUGUGGCUCACCUAGGAAUUUUCUUCUUCCUUCUAUAUCUUUCACCUGUUUCAGUCUUUGCAUUAUGUAUUUUUUUUGCUGGACCGGUGUUCUUGGAAAGAGGCACGGUAGUUUAUGUUUUUGGGGUCUAUAUAUGUAUAGAUGCAUGGUUCUUUUCAUUUUUAGCUUUUGGUGGUGUGGGUGUGUAGAAAGAAAAAUUUGAAAGUGGUUAUUUGUGUUGUUAAAUUGAUAUAAGAUGACACAGCAACUAUUUGGGGACUUGGGAAGAGCAUGGUCUGAGUUUGCAGUCAUUCCUUGGUUUAUCUUGUAAUGCUUUGCUUAUUAUGUUGAGGAUUAAAUUAGUUUUGGUUUUUAAAGCUGAAGAAAAUGUGUGAAUUACAGAGAAAGAAACCUGUAGAAUAUUUUCAGUCUUGUGAAAUUUGGCCAAUUGGACACGGCAGAAGAUAUAUACAUUUAUAGGUACAAGGAAGUCAUUGGAAAGGUGUAUUGAUCAAUGCUUUUUCUGAUGUUGGACUGGUUAUAGUAGCCAUUAGUUAUGUGGUUGAAGUGAAACUAGCUGGCUUGCCAGGGCAUACAGUUGUAGAUAAUUCUUUGAUCAAGUU